AACAAAAACUGCUAUAGUUUUUCAAUUAAAACACCCCAAAGAAGCAGCAGAGUGAGAAAGGGGGAAGAAGAGGAGAGAGAAAGAGAGAAGUAGAAGCCCUACAAAACCCUAGUUCGAUUCUCUCUCCAUAAUUCUCAUCCUAUCCUUUUCAAUUAUCUUGUGCAUCUUCCUCCUCUAAACCCUAAUUUCACUGUUCUUCAUUUCAAUUUCGUCACCCCCAACGUUUUUUCCAUCCCAUUGACGUUACAAUUUACCCCGACGCCAUAAAUUCUUUGUAAUUUGCAGUUUCUAAUACACAAAUACUUUAAUUUAAGGCUUCAGAAAAGCGUCAAGAUAGAUUUAAUGGAAGGAAUGCCGCAGAAUACACCGAGAACGGUGGAUGAAGUCUUCAACGAUUUCAAAGGAAGACGCGUUGGUUUGAUCAAGGCACUUACCACUGACGUUGACAAAUUUUAUCAGCAAUGCGAUCCUGAGAAGGAAAACUUAUGUCUGUAUGGACUUCCUAAUGAAACAUGGGAAGUCAAUCUACCUGUGGAAGAGGUACCUCCUGAGCUUCCUGAGCCAGCACUGGGUAUUAAUUUUGCCAGGGAUGGCAUGCAGGAGAAGGAUUGGUUAUCAUUGGUUGCUGUUCACAGUGAUUCGUGGCUGCUUGCUGUAGCUUUUUACUUUGGUGCUCGCUUUGGUUUCACCAAGAACGAAAGGAGGAAGCUAUUUCAAAUGAUAAAUGACAUGCCAACUGUCUUUGAAAUUCUGAAUGGGAAUGCUAAGCAACCAAAGGAGAAUCCUGGUCCUCAUAACAGCAGCAGCAAAAAUAAAUCUGGUGUUAAGCCGUCACGACAGCCCGAGAACCACAGUAAACCAAUGAAAAUGCCUACACCACCGAAGGAAGCUGAGAGUGGGGGGGAAGAAGAAGAGGAAGAUGAUGAACAAGGAGCAACCCUGUGCGGAGCAUGUGGUGACAACUAUGCUUCCGAUGAGUUUUGGAUUUGCUGUGAUGUGUGCGAGAAAUGGUUCCAUGGUAAAUGUGUAAGAAUCACGCCUGCUAAAGCUGAGCAUAUCAAGCAGUACAAGUGCCCUGGCUGCAGUACGAAGAGAGCUCGGGUUUGAGAAGUUGUGUUAGGAAGAAGCAAUUGGCCACGCUAAUUGGUCAAUUGAAGGUUUGGUACAGCUUCAUUGAUGCAAUUAAAAAAGUCACGAUCUUGUAGACUUCCAUUUUCCAUUCACUGUUAAGAAAAGGCAGGUCAGCAGCAACCCAUUGGAUUGAAUGAAAUAGAAUAUUUUUCUGUAUGGGAAUCAAGAAUUUGUUGGUUGACUUUUAUUCUUAAAUUUGCAGAAUUGUUAGGAACUGUUAUCCAUGUAUGGAUGCUGGCAAGUUAACUCACAGCAGAGGUUAAUGUGUUAUGUUAUGUUUAAUGCUCAGUUUUUCUAGUA